AAAUGUUGUAAAGUGAAUGGGAGCUAAACAUAGCUAUCAUAGGAGAUUCGGGAGUGGGGAAGUCAACAUUUCUAUCAAUGUUUAUGACUAGUCAAUUUGUGCUAAGACACAAUGAUAAGAUCACAAUUGGUCAAAAGGAAAUACUGAUAGGUCAGAAGCCGGUUCAGUUGAAACUGAUUGACAUUGUAAAUAGCCAUGUAUAUUAUGUCCAAGUCUGGGAAAGAGCCAUUCCGUUCGAUGGCAUGGGUUCAUUAUAGGACAUGCAUUGGAAUUAUUUUGAUUUUCGAUCUUUCUAGCAGGGAUAGUUACGAGAACCUGAAGAAAUGGUAUGAGGAAAUUCAAUAGUAUGUGGAUUAGGAGAAAAUAGUAAUUAGAUUGGUUGGUAAUAAAUGCGAUAAAUUGUUUUAUGAUGACAUGGAUUAAGAUAAGGAAGGUGGGAAUGAUAGGUAUUGAGGAUGAUUAUUUAAUUGUAAGGCAUUACAUAUAAUUCGAAGAAGGUGAGUAAUUUGCUGCCACUCAUUAAAUGUAAUAUUCUCAAACUUCAAGCAGCGUAUUUUCUUUGGCUUAGGAUGAGAACUAUUUGAGUAUCCCUUCUAUUUUAUCUAAAUUUACAUAAGAAAUUCUUGAUUUCAUAAAAAAGCAUGAAGAGGGUGGAAAAAUUGAUGAAUUAAUGGGAAUUAGAAGUUUAAAAAAAUAAGUUGCUGUACAAGAAGUAAAGAAGAAAAUCAAUCGUAGUUCUUGCUGUUGA